AUGCAUCCCCCCAAGAUUGCAUUCUUCGCCGCAGCGGCGUCCCUCGCCAGCGCGCAAAACUCCACGGGAGGCGGCCCGCGUCGCACCCCAGAAUGGAACGCGGCCUACACCAAAGCCAACGCGGCGCUGUCCCGGCUCUCCCUCGACGAAAAGGUUGGCAUCGUCUCGGGAAUCGGCUGGGGCAAGGGCCUCUGCGUCGGCAACACCUCGCCCGCGUCCUCCAUAAACUACCCCUCGCUCUGUCUCCAGGACGGGCCCCUCGGCGUCCGCUACGCCAGCAGCGUGACGGCUUUUGUUCCAAGUAUCCAAGCGGCUGCGACGUGGGACGUCGAGUUGAUUCGCCAGCGGGGCGCUUUCAAGGCUGCUGAGGCGAGGGGUGUUGGUGUCCAUGUCAUGCUUGGCCCUGCGUGUGGUGCUUUGGGUAAAACGCCAAACGCCGGUAGAAACUGGGAAGGUUUCGGCCCGGACCCCUACCUCAUGGGCAUCGCGACCAAGGAAACGAUCGAGGGCAUGCAGUCCGCGGGCGUCCAGGCGACGGCGAAACACUACAUCGUCAACGAGCAGGAGCUCAACCGCGAGACCAUCAGCAGCAACGUCGGCGACAGGGAACUGCAUGAGCUCUACCUCUGGCCCUUUGCCGAGGCCGUCCAUGCCAACGUCGUAUCCGUAAUGUGCUCCUACAACAAGGUGAACGGCACCUGGGCGUGCGAGAACGACGCCGUCAUGAACAAGCUCCUCAAGGAAGAUCUCGGUUUCCCCGGGUACAUCAUGACGGACUGGUACGCCACCACGGGUACCGUCAGCGGCGCCGAGGCCGGCUUGGACAUGAUGAUGCCGGGCGCCAACUACAACAACGACCCCGAGUCGGUCUGGUGGGGCCCGCAGCUCAAGACAGUCGUGGAGAACGGCACCGUCUCGCUGUCGACGCUCGAGGAUAAGGUCCGCAGGAUCCUAGCGGCGUGGUACCUCCUCGGCCAGGAUCAGGGCGAGUAUCCGCCCGUCAACCUCGCCGCCAACGUCCAGGGGAACCACAAGGAGAACGUACGCGCCACGGCGAGGGACGGCAUUGUGCUGCUCAAGAAUGACGCCGCUAUCCUCCCGCUCAAGACGCCCAAGAAGAUCGCCGUCAUCGGGUCCUCGACCGUGAACAACCCGGCCGGCAUCAACGCCUGCUACGACCGCAGCUGUAAUAUUGGAACUCUUGGAAUGGGAUGGGGAUCGGGUACGGUUGACUACCCGUACCUCGUCGCACCGCUCGAAGCGAUGCGGGAGCGGGCGCAGCAGGACGGCACAGAGGUAAGGGCCAGCAACACUGACGACGUGCAGCAGGGCGUCACGGCAGCGGCCGGCGCAGACGCAGCGUUUGUCUUUAUCACGUCGGAUUCGGGCGAAGGAUACAUCACCGUCGACGGAAACAUUGGCGACCGCAACACGCUAGAUCCGUGGCACAACGGCAACGAGCUCGUCAAGGCCGUGGCCGCAGUCAACGACAACGUCGUAGUCGUGGUACACAGCGUGGGACCCAUCAUCCUCGAGACGAUCCUCGCGCAGCACGGCGUCAAGGCCAUCGUAUGGGCCGGGCUGGGGUCGCAGGAGACUGGCAACGCGCUCGUUGACAUCCUCUGGGGCGCGACGAACCCGAACGGAAAGCUGCCAUACACGAUUGGCAAGAGUGCCGCGGACUACGGCACUACGGUUUCCAAGACACUCGAGGACAACUUUGCCGAGGGUAUCUUUAUUGACUACCGCCACUUUGACCAGGCCGGCAUCGAGCCGCGGUAUGAGUUCGGCUUCGGGUUGUCGUACACCAAUUAUACCUACUCUGACAUUAGCGUCACCUCAACCGCGAAGUCCGGCCCGGCCGUCGGCCAUAUCGUGCCUGGUGGUCGCGCGGAUCUUUUCGAGAUUGUAGCUACCGUGACGGCGACCAUCAAGAACACGGGAACUAUCGCCGGUGCCGAGAUCGCGCAGUUGUAUCUCACCCUCCCGGCCGGCGCUCUCCCUACUCCGCCGAAGCAGCUCCGCGGGUUCGAGAAAUUGAGACUCGGUCAGGGCGAAUCGGCAGUGGCGACAUUCAACCUGAGGAGGAAGGAUCUGAGUUAUUGGGAUGUCCAAAGCCAGAAUUGGGUCGUGCCGGCGGGUACGUUCACCAUCAGGGUUGGAGCGUCGAGCAGAAACCUGGCGUUGGAGGGAAAUUUGGUUGUGUCCUAA